GCGGAACCAUUCCCAAUUGCGGCACCAGCAGGGAACGAAAUCAUGUCGCACAUCGACUACGCCCUUUACGAGAGCCCCGUGGGCUAUGCCAUCUUCAAGGUGGUGCAUCAGCAGGAUGCGGUCGGAUUGAAGUUGAAGGAGACUCAGGCCGCCACCAACGAUCUCGCAAAGUUCGGCAAGAUGGUCCAGCUGACCAACUUCAGCCCUUUCAGGGGCCACGUCGAGGCUCUCGAGAACAUCAACCUCGUCACUGAGGGUAUCGUCUCUGACUACCUCAAGUCUGUCCUCGAACUCAACCUUCCCCAGACGAGCGGCAAGAAGACCAAGGUUGUCCUCGGUGUUUCCGAGAAGAACCUGGCUGGUGCGAUCAAAGCUCAGUUCCCCGGCCUCGAGUGCGAGACCGCCGAUACCUCUGACAUUGUCGGCGACGUGAUUCGCGGUAUCCGACUGCACGCCGACAAGCUUCUCGGCGGACUCAAGUACGGCGAUGUUGAGAAGGCCGGUCUGGGUAUGGGUCACGCCUACUCCCGCGCCAAGGUAAAGUUCAGCGUCACCCGCAACGACAACCACAUCAUCCAGGCCAGCGCGACCAUCGACUUCCAGGACAAGGGUGUCAACCAGUUCUACAUGCGCGUUCGCGAGUGGUACGGAUGGCACUUCCCUGAGCUCGUCAAGAUUGUCUCCGACAACUACACCUACUGCAAGCUCGUCCUCGCCAUUGGCGACAAGAAGAGCUUGAACGACGACAAGCUCCACGACAUUGCUGCUCUUGUCGAGGAGGACGGUGAGAAGGCCCAGGCCAUCAUCGACGCCGCCAAGGUCUCUAUGGGUCUCGACAUCGCCGAGGCUGAUUUCGAGGUCAUCAACAGCUUCGCCGAGGCCGUCGUCAAGCAGGCCGACAACCGCAAGUCCACCAACCUCUACCUUGAAAAAAAGAUGGGCGACAUCGCCCCCAACCUGCAGACCCUCAUCGGCACUCCUGUCGCUGCCCGCCUCAUCUCCCACGCUGGUUCUCUGACCAACCUCUCCAAGUACCCUGCCUCUACUCUCCAGAUUCUCGGUGCUGAGAAGGCUCUCUUCCGUGCUCUCAAGACCAAGAGCAACACCCCUAAGUACGGUCUCAUCUACCACAGCAGCUUCAUUGGCAAGGCCGGUGUCCGCAACAAGGGUCGCAUUUCUCGAUACCUUGCCAACAAGUGCAGUAUGGCCAGUCGUAUCGACAACUUCUCCGAGGAGCCCUCCACCCGAUUCGGUGAGGCUCUCAAGCAGCAGGUUGAGGACCGAUUAGAGUUCUACGCUACUGGCAAGAAGCCCGCCAAGAACGCUGACGUUAUGAAGGAUGUCAUGGACAUCAUGGACGGUGGUGACGAUGCUGGCUCUGACGAGGAGAUGGUCGACGCUCCCGUUGUUGAGAAGAAGUCCAAGAAGGAGAAGAAGGAAAAGAAAGAGAAGAAGGACAAGAAGGAGAAGAAGCGCAAGCUAGAUGAGGAGGCCCCCGUUGAGAAGGAGGCCGACGGUGAGAAGAAAAAGAAGAAGAAGAGAAAGUCCAAGGCUGCGGAUGACGAGUAGAGCUCUUCCAAUCGUUUGCUAGCGUCUGGACAUGCCUUCGUGUCUCGUAGACACUAAUUUGCUCCAGCGCUGAGAACUUUCGGGCACGAGGAUAACGGGAGAUGCAUCUUCAGUCAUGAUAGACGUUGCGCAAGGGUGGUCGGACUCGGGAUUAUAAAAGCCAGGAUCUUCUCGCCAAGCACGCAGCGAUGCCACCAGCCUUUAGAGGUUUUCUCGUUCUACGAGUUCACUUCUUUUGCAGUUGUACAUCGCGAGGACCCUUUAAAUGGGCCCUGGGUGGGAGAUUCGGCAUCCUCGAGACGCCCUUGCGCAAUUGUUUGAGGAGUUUUUGUAGGAUCUGAUCUGGCUUCUGGCUUUUGGGCGUUUGAGGGCAUUUGGCUUGAUGUAAAACUGUUUUUCACUACGAGGGAAAACUCAUACCCUUUGUUUACAAAAACACGCAAUUCACUGAAGACUGAG